AUGUGCUCGUGUCAUAUGGCUCUCUUGCCCGGUACACAAAUUUCGACCGUGUUGCAAAGUUCAUUAUCGUUUCUUCAAGCCUUUACCGAAAACUGUGUUGCAACCGGAUUUGGCGCUUACCUCGUGGCCCCGACUCUGCGAAGAUUUCUUGAUACCAAGGCAGAUGGCGAUCCCGAUCAGCUCUCCUACGAAGAUGCCUUGACGGCAAUCAAGGAAGCUCUGAUGAUGCUCUACUAUCGUGAUUGCAGGUUAGACAUUAGCGCUGUUGUACUUUAUCAAUCGUACGGUGUCUACAAGGUUGCCCACGUGACCAGGGAUGGCGUAGAGGUGUCCGAAAACCAGAAACUAGAGACCAACUGGCAGAUUGCCGAGGCUGUGGCGGGCUACGAGUAA